AUGCCCGCCUACGAACUGCGCUCCGGGGGUGAUGUUAAGCACAAGAAGCAGAGUGUUGCGGACCUCAAGUACCGUCGAUUGACUGAGCUCAAUGCUCGUUUGAAGGAGGAUUUGGAUCGCCCGCGAGUGAAGGUGUCCGAGGCCGCGCUCUCGCUCAUCAGCUAUUGUAAUAAUACUCGCGAUUUUAUGGUACCCUCUGUAUGGGGACAGGUUGACCGGCGCGAAGACCCCUAUGCUCCUCAGCAACAGGGCGCAGGUUGCUGUACCGUUAUGUAA